AGUGUGCGCACGCCGCCCAGAGCCACUCGGCCCUCUCCUCGCACCCUGUUCGGGGCAUCUUGAGAGCCUGGAAACGGGAACAGGCUUAAAGUAUGGCAUGUUGCAAAGAUGGUUUCUGCCAAGAAGGUGCCCGCUAUCGCGAUGUCCGCUGUGGUCAGUUUCGCCCUCCUGCACUUCCUGUGCCUGGCGGCUUGUUUAAACGAAUCCUCAGGACAGAACCAAAAGGAAGAGAAAUUAUGCCCGGACAAUUUUACCCGCAUCCUGGACAGUUUACUCGAUGGUUAUGACAACAGGCUGCGUCCUGGAUUUGGGGGUCCUGUUACAGAAGUCAAAACUGACAUAUAUGUUACCAGCUUUGGUCCUGUUUCAGAUGUUGAAAUGGAAUACACAAUGGAUGUCUUCUUCAGACAGACAUGGAUUGACAAAAGACUAAAAUAUGAUGGUCCCAUUGAAAUUUUGAGAUUGAACAAUAUGAUGGUAACAAAAGUAUGGACUCCUGAUACUUUCUUCAGGAAUGGGAAGAAAUCUGUCUCACAUAAUAUGACAGCUCCAAAUAAGCUAUUUAGAAUUAUGAGAAAUGGCACUAUUUUAUAUACAAUGAGACUCACCAUAAGUGCAGAGUGUCCCAUGAGAUUGGUGGAUUUCCCUAUGGAUGGUCAUGCAUGUCCUUUGAAAUUUGGGAGUUACGCAUAUCCGAAGAGUGAGAUGAUAUAUACAUGGACAAAAGGCCCUGAGAAAUCAGUAGAAGUUCCAAAGGAGUCUUCCAGCUUAGUUCAGUAUGACUUGAUAGGGCAAACAGUAUCAAGUGAAACUAUCAAAUCAAUUACGGGUGAAUAUAUUGUUAUGACAGUUUAUUUCCACCUCAGACGGAAGAUGGGCUAUUUUAUGAUUCAGACGUACAUCCCAUGCAUUAUGACAGUGAUUCUUUCUCAAGUUUCAUUCUGGAUAAAUAAGGAAUCCGUUCCAGCUAGGACUGUAUUUGGAAUAACCACAGUUCUCACCAUGACCACAUUGAGCAUCAGUGCAAGGCAUUCUUUGCCCAAAGUGUCCUAUGCUACUGCCAUGGAUUGGUUUAUAGCUGUUUGCUUUGCUUUUGUAUUUUCGGCCCUUAUUGAGUUUGCUGCUGUCAACUAUUUUACCAAUAUUCAAAUGGAAAAAGCCAAAAGGAAGACCUCAAAACCUCUCCAGGAAGCUCCAGCUGCUCCAGUACUGAGAGGAAAGCAUCCAGAAGGACCUCUGCAGAGCACAGAAGCCAAUGUGAACAUGAGAAAAAGGACAAAUGCCUUGGUUCACUCUGAAUCUGUUGUUGGUAACAGAACUGAGGUGGGAAACCAUUUGAAUAGAUCUUCCACAGUUGUUCAAGGAUCUUCUGGAACCACAUCACAAUCUUACUUAGCUUCCAGUCCAAAUCCAUUCAGCAGUGCAAAUGCAGCAGAAACUAUAUCUGCUGCAAGAGCACUUCCAUCCACGCCUUCUUCCACUCCUGCAGGGACUGGGCAUUCGCCUCAGCAAGUAUCAGCUGGAUCUGCUUCUAGCCACCAUGUGUUUGGAUCAAGACUGGAGAGGAUUAAGACAACAGUUAACACUGUAGGGGCUUCAGGAAAGCUGUCGGUCACUCCUCCUCCUCCUUCUGCUCCACCACCUUCUGGGUCUGGCACAAGUAAAAUAGACAAAUAUGCCCGUAUUCUCUUUCCAGUCACAUUUGGGGCAUUUAACAUGGUGUAUUGGGUUGUUUAUUUAUCCAAGGACACGAUGGAGAAGACAGAAAGUCUAAUGUAGUUUGGUUGCUUCAGUAAUUUCCUAAAAGUUGAUGAAUUUAAUGUGGUUGUCUUUUUAAAUGUUUUUAAAGAUAAACCAUUAUUCUUUUCUAAAAUACUAAUUCUCUGUAACUUUUCCAUUUAAUAAAUGCAAGGUACUUACUGGAAUCAUUAUAUAAUUAUUCAGUGAAGUGAAAGCAAAUCAUCUUUCUUCUCAGAAAGUUGAUUUAAGUAGAGUCUAUGCAGCAUUCAAAAUAGAUGGAAUACAGACCAUCCUGGAAAGUUAGAACAAGGGAAAUAGGGCUAUUAGAGAUGCAUGGCGCAUAUUUGUGUAUUGCAAAUUGAAAAUAGACUGUGAUCGUAAAUAUAUAUAUAAAAUGAUUAAGAAGCAGCCAGUCUAAAUUUUCUAGUGAUCUUGUCUUUAACAAAGACUGUCUAU